CCGCACCACUGCGCCCCCUACGCCAACCUCUCAAUGUCCUCCAUUGGUGUUGGGGACGUGCUACAGGCCACUGUGCCCCUGGGCCAAAACGGCAAACCGGAACGCUGCAGACGCUAUGUACAUCCUCAGUGGCAGCUUCUGAGCAGCAAUAGUUCAGAGAGCCUAUGGGAAGAGGGUGUGGAAGAAAUAGAGACGCAGAGUUGUGAGGAUGGAUGGUACUACAACACAACAGAAAUGAGCUCAACUAUCAUUUCUGAGUGGGAUUUGGUUUGUGAUCAGCGUGCCCUAAAGCAAAUGAGUCAAACUACCUAUAUGGGAGGCGUUCUUGUGGGAGCAGUAAUUUUUGGGGGACUUUCUGACAGGUUUGGUCGACAUGUUUUAUUGUUGAUCUCUAACCUGAUGAUGGCAGUUGGAGGAACAUGUGCUACCUUCUCCACCUCCUUCACCAUGUGUUGCAUUUUCCGCAUUUGCUGCGGAAUGGCCCUGUCUGGUCUGGUGCUCAACUCCUUCUCUCUAAUUGUGGAAUGGAUCCCAACACGUGUGCGGACCGUGGUGGGCACAGGAACGGGCUACUUCUACACCGCCGGCCAACUGAUUCUGGCAGCCGUUGCUUACUGCAUCAGAGACUGGCGCUGGCUCACACUGGCCGUAUCUCUGCCUUUCUAUGUGUCCUUCCUCUACUCAUGGUGCGUCUUCUGCUCCUGA